GGUGCUGCACCACUGGGAAGGAGCCACCUUGCCAGGGGUUUUCCUGGAAUGGCGAGCCCGGAGCCGUAGAGCUCCGCGGGACCUUCAGGUGAGGCUGUGGCCGCCCUGUUCCCGACGGGAAGAGUUUCUCAGCAGCUUUCCUCUCCCCUGCUCGCAGCCCGCCUCGCUGAUGCGGCAUUGGAAGCGGAGGGCGCCGCUAUGGAGCGCAGGGAUGGAGGCCACGCUCUGCAUCCACACAUGCCUUUGGCUCAGCGCCGUCUGGGUCCCGCUCGCCUCAUCCUGCCCCGGGGAGCCCACGGGCGCUGAGCCCCGGCCCGAAGAGCUCAGCUGGGCCGUCAGCCUGGAGGCGCCCGAGGACGAGCUGGAGCAGCGCGCCGAGGAGCUGGCCCGCGCCGCGGGGCUGGUGAACAUGGGCCGCGUCGGGGAGCUCCGGGGCCAUUACCUGUUCAGGGCCCAGCGCGGCGGGCGCGCCGGUGCCGAGGCCGUGAGGCGGGCGGUGGACGCGGUGCUCGCCCAGCACGACAGCGUGCGGUGGCACGCGGAGCAGAGGCUGCUCAAGCGCUCCAAGCGCAGCCUGCACUUUAACGACCCCAAAUACCCGCUGCAGUGGCACCUGAACAACCGCAAGAGCCCCGGGAAGGACAUCAACGUCACGGGGGUGUGGGAGCGGAACGUGACGGGGCGCGGCGUGACGGUGGUGGUGGUGGAUGAUGGCGUGGAGCACACCAUCAAGGACAUACAGCCGAACUACAGCCCAGAAGGCAGCUACGACUUGAACUCCAACGAUCCCGACCCCAUGCCUCACCCUGACGAGGAGAACGGCAACCACCACGGGACGCGCUGCGCCGGGGAGAUCGCUGCCGUGCCCAACAACAGCUUCUGCACGGUGGGAGUCGCCUACGGGAGCCGCAUCGCAGGCAUCCGAGUUCUGGACGGGCCCCUCACUGACAGCAUGGAGGCCAUUGCCUUCAACAAGCACUAUCAGAUCAACGACAUCUACAGCUGCAGCUGGGGUCCAGAUGAUGAUGGGAAAACCGUGGAUGGCCCCCAUCAACUGGGAAAGGCUGCCCUGCAGCACGGCGUCAUCGCAGGUCGCAGGGGCUUUGGGAGCAUUUUCGUGGUGGCCAGUGGCAACGGCGGGCAGCACAACGACAACUGCAACUAUGAUGGUUACGCCAACUCCAUCUACACUGUCACCAUAGGUGCAGUGGACGAGACAGGCUCCAUGCCCUUCUAUGCCGAGGAAUGUGCCUCUAUGUUAGCAGUGACCUUCAGCGGUGGGGACAAGAUGAUGAGGAGCAUUGUGACCACAGACUGGGACCUGCAGAAGGGCACGGGCUGCACGGAGGGGCACACCGGGACCUCAGCCGCUGCUCCUCUCGCAGCCGGGAUGAUCGCGCUGAUGCUGCAGGUACGGCCCUGCCUCACCUGGAGGGAUGUCCAGCACAUCAUCGUCUUCACCGCCACCAAGUACGAGGACCGUCACGCCAAGUGGGACACCAACCGGGCGGGCUUCAGCCACAGCCAUCAGCACGGCUUCGGGCUGCUGAACGCCUGGAGGCUGGUGAACGCUGCCAAGGUGUGGGAGUCUGUCCCGUACCUCGCCUCCUACGUGAGCCCGGCCCUGCGGGAGGGCCGGAGCAUCCCGCUGCUUCCACGGGAGCUGGAGGCUGCCUGGAACGGUAAUGCUCCAGCUCCUGACUUGGCCUCCCUCUCUCCACAUAAACAAGGCGCUGCUCCGGCUGCUACCAGUGGGAAGCGGAGCUCGGCCCCAAGCCCUCCCCGGCCCCCAGCAUUGCCACAGCGCCCUGGGCGGGCUCCUGCGCCCACAGCCUUCAGCACCGCAGACCUGGAGCAAUCCGGGAUGAGAACCCUGGAGCACGUGGCUGUCACCGUCACCAUAACCCAUCCCCGCCGCGGCAACCUGGAGAUCCGGCUCUUCUGCCCCAGCGGCAUGGUGUCCCUGAUAGGCACCGCCAGGAGCAUGGACUCGGACCCCAAUGGCUUUGCUGACUGGACCUUCUCCACGGUCAGGUGCUGGGGCGAGGAGGCGCAGGGCACCUACAGACUGGUCAUCAGGGACAUCGGAGAUGAGAGCCUGAGGCCUGGGACCUUGAAGCAGUGGCAGCUGACCCUGUACGGCUCCUCCUGGUCCCCAGCGGAGAUGAAGGAGCGGCAGAGGCUGCUGGAGGAGGCCAUGAGCGGGCAGUACCUGAGCAGCGACUUCUCCCUGCCCUGCCCUCCAGGACUGGAGAUCCCAGAGGAGCAGCGCUUCACCAUCACAGCCAACACCCUCAAGACCCUCCUGCUGCUCGGAUGCUUUGCCGUGUUCUGGACGUUCUACUACAUGCUGGAGGUUUGCCUGACCAGGAACAACGCGGGGCUGGACCUGGCCUGCGCCGGCUCCACCGCCUGCAGGUGGUACCAGCAGGGAGGGAAGCACAGAGCCCUGGAGAGCGGCCUGGAGAUGGAGUCCGUGCCGCUGUACCGGGAGAAGGACACGGAGGAUGUGGAGCUGGAGUGUGAGCACCCAGAGCCAGCCCGGGAUGGGGAGGACCGGUCCUGGAGCCCCAAAGUGCCCAGCGGCCGGGAGGAGACGGCAGAGCUGCUGCUGGAGGACAGGGAGCAGCGGCCGUGCUAGCUGGGGCUGGGGGUGCGGGCUGUGACACCCCCUUGGUACGGGUACAUCCUUCCCUGCAUGGGCAGCACGGGCUCCCCGAGCCCUGUGUCCCGCGGGAGGUGGCGGGAAGCGGCUCAGGACCCAGGAGGAAGAGUGCUGGCAGCGGAAGGGGAGCUUCCCCUUCCCUCGCUCUGGAACACAAAGCAAGCCUUAAACCUGUUCCUAAGGAGCCUGCCCUGCAGUGAUGCUCAGGGCUUCCCCACAGCGAUGCCUCCUGCGAGCCCCCAUGCACGUCACUGCUUCCAUGGCCAGGGAGAAGCGUUGCUUUGGCCCCGAACCCUGCAGAGUGAGCCUGGACACUGCAGCGGGGCCCCCAUAGCGCUGCCGUUCCUGCCCCACUGGGCUAGGGGCUGGCUCGUGCCCACCGCUUAGGCCCAGCUUAGGAGAAAGGAGCCUUGUGCCCAUCUCCAACCUGUGCCCUGUGCUCCUGGGCAGGCAGGAGGCGCCAGGGCACCAAUCCCUGCUCCUGGUGCCCGGGAUGGACGAGGCAAUGGGAGAUGCCCGCAGUGGGGCUGGAGAGGGGCGGUUGAGCUGCUCUGGCAGCGGCUCAGCGCGGGGUUGGCUCCUUCCCGUGUCCCUGGGUUUAUUUUUCUAGCGCCGGGGUUGGUUUUUUAAUGAGCAGAGCCCUUUUGUGAAGCUUUCCAAAUAAAGCCUGGAAAACCCUC